AUGUCGAUUCCUGAAGAAUACAAGCAAGGCUGGAAGCCUCCGUUCCAGAAGCAGCAGAAUGUACCGGGCUCACAGUUCAAACUCGACCCGCCUCCGUUGGACGACAUCACAGCUGACGGAAAGCCCUACAAGGCAUCCGGGAAGCUUGAGGGUCGCACCGCCCUUAUAACCGGCGCGGACAGUGGUAUCGGCAGGGCCAUUGCGCUUCUGUUCGCUUUGGAGGGUGCACAAAUGACCAUCGCGUAUACACCUCAGGAGGAAAAGGAGGCGAAAGAGGUUGAAGAACGUAUCCGAUCCAAGACUGGGGGGAAGACGAAGCUCCACCUGAUUGCCACUGACCUGCGCAAAGAAUGCAAUUGCAAGGACCUCAUCGAUAAGCAUCUCAAGUUCUUCAGCGGCGCCUUGGACGCGCUAAUCCUCAACCAUGGCACGCAGAUCGCCAAUACGGAUGUCGUUGACUUACCAACAGAGCAGUGGCACGAUACGUUUGAUGUCAACAUUCACUCGUUCUUCUAUCUCACGAAAGCCGCCAUCCCCCACAUGCCAGAAGGCAGUUCCAUUGUGUACGACGCUUCUAUCAACUUCGCGAUCGGACAUCCUGAGCUACUCGACUAUACGGCGACGAAGGGUGCAAUGAUCGGUUUUAUGCGUGCUGUGUCGAAUCAGAUAGUCGGCGAGAAGAAGAUGAGAGUUAACGCCGUCGCUCCUGGUCCUAUCUGGACUCCCCUGAUCCCCGCCACCAUGACCGACGACUCUAUCGAACAAUUUGGCGUUGGAACACCAAUGGGCCGUGCGGGGCAACCCAUCGAAGUGGCGACGUGUUUUGUAUUCUUAACCUCGGCGGAUUCCAGCUAUAUCAGUGGUCAGGUUCUUCAUGUGAACGGAGGUACUGUUAUCAACUGA